AUGAUAACCUUUAAUCCUUAAUUGUAAUUUAAUACUUUUGAAUACUAAUUAUUGUAAGAAAAUUCUAUCAAAGAACCUGAAUGGUGUUUUUCAUUUGCAUUUAAUAAAGAUUCCACAAUUUUAGCUGUUGGCUGCUAGUCAUACAUUAAAUUGUUUGAGUUCACAAAUGGGAAAGCCUUAUUGAAUUGGAAAUUGGAACAUGCUGACUUUGUCAGAGCAAUAUAUUUUAUGAAGAAUUCAUAGAAUUUCAUCUCAGGUGGAGAGGACUCUUCAGUUUUAGUUUGGCAUUAAGGUUAAAAUCGUUAAUGGCAUAUCUCUUAAAGACUGAUAGGACAUUCAAAACCUAUUAAACAUAUCAUCAUGAAUAAAAAUGAAGAUCUCAUUAUUUCAUGUGGCAAUGAUUAUACAAUUAAAUUUUGGGUGAAAUAAACUGAAUGGAUAUGCUCCUAAACUAUUUCUACUCAUACAUAAAAUGUCGUAAGUUUAAGUAUUAAUGAAUCAUAAAAUAAGUUGAUAUCUUGUUCUGAAGAUAAGUCAAUAUUAGUUAUGGAAUUGUCUCCAAUUACUAAUUAGUGGAUUGUUAUAUAGCGGAUAUUUGUACAUGAACAAGGUAAAAGACUGUGUUUUAUUGGAGAUAAUUAGUUUACAUUUUAACCAAAAAAUAAAAAUAUUUUAGAACUUUAUUCUUGGAACAGCACAUCUAAAUCAUUUUAUUUAGAAAUGGACAUACCAGUUGAUAGUAGUACUGAUACCAACUAUUAUUUCCCUUAAAAAUUUAUUCACUAGAAAUAACUUUUAAUCAAUAAGAAUGGCAAUUAUAUCAAUAUGUUAAGAAAAAGGGCUGAUGGAAAGUUUAUAAAAGAAAAAGCAAUAAGAUUUAGCACAAACUAGAUCUUUGGAACAAUAAAUGAUUCAGGAGAUUAUUUAGUAACUUGGGAUCAGGAGCAUAAGUAAUUAUAGUUUAGAAAAUUUAGUGAAAUAUGA